CCAAUGCAGGGGGGUUGCAGGGCCGAAGUAGGUGGGCUAAAACCCGCUGAGGCUGAGACCAGCUGACAUUCUACGCCUAUGAAGCGAAAUACAAAAUUCAAGAAUCUGACUGAACAAUAAAGUGGAAUGUUCCGAAAUUCACAGCAAGAUAUUUAUUGAACAUGGCGUUCAAGGUGUCAUUGUAUGGUCCCAGGCGGUACAACUUCCCUGGCGUGAGACACUACAUCCUCCAACAGACAAAAAUGAGGUAUCAAUACUCCCCCCUAGGAGAUGGUGAGAUUCGGCUAAUCGAACUGCGCCCUGCAUGUGACGGGCCUGAGCUCUUCGUCUCAUUCAAUCACGUGUUGAUCAAUGACGCAGCAAAUACUUACGAGGCUCUGAGUUAUACGUGGGGAAGUUCAGCUCAACCAAAUAUUCUCCUUUGCGGCGAUAGCUACUUGCAGAUUACGGCGAGCUUACAAUCAGCAUUAAUGAAUCUACGUCUGGAUUCGACACCACGAAUGCUAUGGGUCGACGCAAUCUGCAUUAACCAGAGUGAUCUCCUAGAGCGGGGGAAACAGGUGGUCCUGAUGGAGCAGAUCUAUCGGAAAGCGAGUAAGACUGUCGUCUAUCUUGGUGAUGAGAGUGCCGACAGUAACCUAGCGGCAAAAUAUCUCGAAAACCACUUUUGGCGCGUCAGAUGUGCGAUGGCGGAUUUCAUUAACCAAAGAAGAGUUGCUGAAGACGCCGGCGAGAUGAUGCAGAUUUGUAUCAAAUCGCUUGGAACUAGUCAGGCAAAGCUCUUCCAGGGUUUCAAUCAAAGUAGCGUUCAGGAGGCCAUCGUGAACCUACUUUGUCGACCGUGGUUCCAGCGCAUAUGGGUAAUUCAGGAGUUCGUUGUAUCUCCUAAGGUUGAUAUGUACUGCGGCAAAACCCUGUGCGAAUGGGGUAGCUUUUCCAUGAUGUUCUACUAUUCGUUCGUGGAAGCCGGAGUCAGCUGGGACCAUAUCACACCACGAGAGAAAAAGAUAAAUUUCUUCCGAGCUCUGACACAAAUAAUGCAGAUGCAUGAACUACGAAACAAUUUCCAUGGAGCAGACGAGAGCAAGACGAAAUCUGGCCUGAGCCGGCUGCUCUCGCGUUGCCGAACCGCGGAUUCCACACUCCCUAUAGAUAAGAUUUUUGCGUUGCUGAACCUGUCAUCCGCGGCUCAAACCCCUAUUCCGGACUACCUAAAGUCUAAGGCAGAUGCCUAUCGUGAAUUUGCCGAGCUUGCCCUCGAGAGUGGAGAAGGGCGGUCCAUACUGUCGGAGGCUGCGCUCACCCACCGAAAGGACCCAAGCUUACCAUCCUGGGUUCCUGACUGGUCGGAGCCUCCUAUUCGUAUUGAUCUCAGUCAGAUAGUGAUUGCGUCUAGCAACUUGUUUUUUAACGCCACUGGCUCCCGGAAAGACGGCCAGGAGCGCCCUAAGCCUUGCAUGCGAAUCGAAGGGAAUAUUCUCUUCGUAAAAGGGGUAAUCCUGCAAUCUAUUGCCAUCGUAGGUCCUGAUAGGCCAGUGCCAGGAACCAACAUCAUAGAAGCGCCAAACCUGACGAACUUCAUGACCAUACUUUCCUACAUUCAGAUGUUUAUGAAUAUGGAGUCACCUUAUCCAACUGGAGAGGAAAAAGAUAUAGUAGCCGGCAUACUGCUCGAAGCGAAUCAACGGAGGAGUCCUACGAAAGUGACCUCUUUCUGGGAGAACACGCAUGCGCGAGAUCUUCUGUUCGAGCCGGAACUCUCAUCCCUCCGUCCUGAAGCGGCUCCCAUCGGCGAAGCAAUGCGUCGUCGUCGUCUAGAUGAUCCCCAGGGAUAUGCAAACAUGUGUCGAGCAAUCGCGGGACGCCGAUUUGCUGUCACGGAUCAGGAAUAUGUAGGGCUGGUUCCGGACACAGCAAAGGACGGUGAUGUGAUAUGCAUUAUGCAGGGAUUUAACGUGCCGUAUGUGUUGAGACAGGUAGGCGAUCAUUAUGUCUUCUUGGGAGAUGCUUAUGUACACGGGAUCAUGAUGGGCGAAGCGUUUCUGCGAGACGACAGCUUGAACGAGUGUAUCACUGAGAUUGCGAUACGCUGAUGGCCCUUCUUUAUAUCUUCUUCAUUCUAUUGAAAUCUUUCAAUACUUGCGGCUUUAUUGAUUAUAUUAUACAUAGAUAAUCUGAUUACCAUAAGAGGUGUAGGGAUAUUGCCCUGCUUCGUCAUGUGUCUUUGGGUAGACAUAAUACACUGGUUGACGAACUC